CUUAUCGUUCCUCACUAGAGAGGCUUGAAGCUCCUUCACCAGACGCAUGAGAUCCGAAUCAUCUUCUCCAUUAGUUGGAAAUUACAAGUGUACUGUUAGACUGAACUGGAAUCGAACCUGGAAUACUGCGAGUUUACGGUCUAAGCUCUUUUGUGUUGGAAACUAAGAUUAAGUUUGAAGAUCCUCUGGGUCCGCAAAUAAGUCACAGUUCCAGCCAUGGAUCGAUCCCUCCAAAACACACACGCGAAACUCGUGGCGCGUGACAUCCAACGCCUGACACAGUCACCUACAGAAUCCAACUCUUUCUCCCUACUUGGCGGCGCGUGUGUCUCACGCGUAGAGACAGUAGGCACAAUCAUCUCUCGUGACCUGACCCCUAAGUUCCUCAAGUUCGGCGUCGACGAUGGCACCGGCUGCGUCACGUGCGUCCUGUGGCUCAACCAACUCACGUCUUCUUACUUCUCCCGGUGGCAUCCAGACACAAUUCUGCUGCUCGCAAGUGCCGCGCGGAAACAAGCCGCAGAGAUCAGAAUCGGAUCUGUGGCUCGCGUUCGCGGCCGCGUCGGCUCGUACAGAGGAGUGAUGCAGAUCACGGCAACUGUGGUGGUGGUCGAGAGAGACCCGAACGCGGAGAUCUUGCACUGGUUGGAGUGUUUAAGGCUCGGUCAAAGUUGUUAUCGUAUUCUAAGUUAAUCAGCUCUUCUUCUUUUUUUGUUGUAAGUUAAUCAACUUUGAAAUCUAAAGUCAGACGUAACUCAUGACGCAACAACCAAUUGCAAGUGCCUUUUUCUAAGCCUUACACAUAAUCACAGUUUCUUCCUCUGUAUUGAAACUUAAAUUGACAAUUUCCUCUGUAUUAUAUACCUAUUUUGUUUUGUUUUUCUUUUCAAAAA